CGGUACUGUGGCGGGGCCGCCGUCAGGGGCGCUGUCGCGCGCGCUUGACUAGCCAUAAGCGGAGUGAGAGGUGCAUGAAAUGGGGGAAAAUGGCGGAUCAUGUGCAGGGCCUCGCCCAGCUGGAGAUCCUGUGCAAGCAGCUGUAUGAGACGGCUGACACGGCCGUGCGCCACCAAGCAGAGAAAGCCUUGGUGGAGUUCACCAAUGGGCCGGACUGCCUCAGCAAGUGUCAGCUGCUGCUCGAGAGAGGAAGCUCGUCGUACUCGCAGCUGCUGGCGGCCACCUGCUUGUCCAAACUGGUGUCAAGGACCAGCAACCCCCUUCCUCUGGAGCAGCGCAUCGACAUUCGGAACUACGUGCUGAACUAUCUGGCCACGCGGCCCAAGCUGGCCGCCUUCGUGACGCAGGCGCUCAUCCAGCUGUACGCCCGCAUCACCAAGCUGGGCUGGUUCGACUCGCAGAAGGACGACUAUGUGUUCCGCAACGUCAUCGCCGACGUCACGCGCUUUCUGCAGGACAGCGUGGAGCACUGCAUCAUCGGCGUCACCAUCCUGUCGCAGCUCACCAACGAGAUCAACCAGGCGGACACGGCGCACCCGCUGACCAAGCACAGGAAGAUCGCCUCGUCCUUCAGGGACUCGUCCCUCUUUGACAUUUUCACGCUCUCCUGCAACCUCCUCAAACAGGCGUCCGGCAAGAACCUGAACUUGAACGACGAGUCGCAGCACGGGCUGCUGAUGCAGCUUCUUAAGCUGAGCUACAACUGCCUCAACUACGACUUCAUCGGGACGUCCACCGACGAGUCGUCCGACGACCUGUGCACGGUGCAGAUCCCCACAUCCUGGCGCUCAGCCUUCCUGGAUUCGUCCACCCUGCAGCUCUUCUUCAACCUUUAUCAUUCCAUCCCGCCUUCUCUCUCCCCGCUGGUGCUGUCAUGUCUGGUCCAGAUCGCUUCCGUCAGGAGGUCCCUCUUCAACAAUGCCGAGAGAGCCAAGUUCCUGUCGCACCUGGUGGACGGCGUCAAGAGGAUACUGGCCAACCCGCAGUGUCUGCCCGACCCCAACAAUUACCACGAGUUCUGCCGGCUGCUGGCGCGGCUCAAGAGCAACUACCAGCUGGGCGAGCUGGUCAAGGUGGAGAACUACCCCGAAGUCAUCCGCCUCAUCGCCAACUUCACCGUCACCAGCCUGCAGCACUGGGAGUUUGCCCCCAACAGCGUGCACUACCUGCUGAGUUUGUGGCAACGCCUGGCAGCCUCGGUGCCGUACGUCAAGGCCACCGAGCCACACCUGCUGGAGACCUACACCCCCGAGGUCACCAAGGCCUACAUCACGUCGCGGCUGGAGUCGGUCCAUGUCAUCCUCAGAGACGGUCUGGAGGACCCCCUGGACGACGCCGGCUUGGUUCAGCAGCAGCUGGACCAGCUGUCCACCAUCGGGAGGUGCGAGUAUGAGAAGACGUGCGCUCUCCUGGUGCAGCUGUUCGACCAGGCGGCGCAGAGCUACCAAGAGCUGCUCCAGUCCACCAACUCGGGUGCCGCCGACGUCACCGUGCAGGAAGGUCGCCUGACUUGGCUGGUCUACAUCAUCGGGGCGGUGAUCGGCGGCCGCGUGUCCUUCGCCAGCACUGACGAGCAAGACGCCAUGGACGGGGAGCUCGUCUGCCGGGUGCUGCAGCUGAUGAACCUGACCGACUCGCGGCUGGCUCAGGCCGGCAACGAGAGGCUGGAGUUGGCCAUGCUCAGCUUCUUCGAGCAGUUCCGCAAGAUCUACAUCGGUGACCAGGUGCAGAAAUCGUCCAAGCUGUAUCGUCGUCUGUCGGAGGUGCUGGGCCUAAACGAUGAGACCAUGGUGUUGAGCGUCUUCAUUGGCAAAAUCAUCACCAACUUGAAGUACUGGGGCCAGUGUGAACCCAUCACCUCCAAGACCCUGCAGCUCCUCAACGACCUCUCCUUGGGAUACAGCAGCGUCCGCAAGUUGGUGAAGCUGAGCGCCGUGCAGUUCAUGCUCAACAAUCACACCCAGAGCGAGCACUUCUCCUUCCUGGGUGUCAACAACCAGUCCAACCUGAGCGACAUGAGGUGCCGCACCACCUUCUACACCGCGCUGGGGCGCCUCCUCAUGGUCGAUCUGGGUGAGGACGAGGAGCAGUUUGAGCAGUUCAUGCUGCCGUUGACAGUGGCCUUCGAAGCCGUGGCCCAGAUGUUGAGCACCAACACCUUCAACGAGCAGGAGGCUAAGAGGACUCUGGUGGGCCUGGUCCGGGACUUGCGAGGGAUCGCGUUUGCCUUCAACGCCAAGACCAGCUUCAUGAUGCUCUUCGACUGGAUAUAUCCGGCCUACAUGCCCAUCCUGCAGCGGGCCAUCGAGCUGUGGUACCACGACCCGGCGUGCACCACGCCCGUGCUCAAGCUCAUGGCUGAGCUCGUUCACAACAGGUCGCAGAGGCUGCAGUUUGACGUAUCCUCGCCAAAUGGCAUCCUGCUCUUCCGGGAGACCAGCAAGAUGAUCACAACCUACGGCAACCGCAUCCUAACGCUGGGCGACGUACCAAAGGAUCGUGCGUACGGCGUGAAGCUGAAGGGUGUGAGCGUGUGCUUCGCCAUGCUGAAGGCGGUGCUGAGCGGCAACUACGUCAACUUCGGCGUCUUCCGCCUGUACGGCGACGACGCCUUGGAUAACGCCCUGCAGACCUUCAUCAAGCUGCUGCUGUCCAUCCCUCACAGCGACCUGCUGGACUACCCCAAGCUCAGCCAGUCCUUCUACUCCCUGCUGGAGGUCCUCACCCAGGACCACAUGAACUUUAUCGCCAGCUUGGAGCCUCACAUGGUCAUGUACAUCCUGUCGUCCAUUUCGGAAGGGCUCACCGCACUCGACACGAUGGUGUGCACGGGCUGCUGUUCCAGCCUGGACCACAUGGUCACGUAUCUUUUCAAGCAGCUUUCGCGCUCCACCAAGAAGCGAGCCACGCCCAUGGCCACCGACGAGCGCUUCCUGCACAUCAUGCAGCAGCACCCCGAGAUGAUCCAGCAGAUGCUGUCCACUGUGCUGAACAUCAUCAUCUUCGAGGACUGCCGCAACCAGUGGUCCAUGUCCCGACCACUACUGGGGCUCAUACUCCUUAACGAGAAGUACUUUGCGGACGUGCGCAACAGCAUCGUGAAUAGCCAACCUCCAGAGAAGCAGCAGGCCAUGCAUCUCUGCUUUGAGAACCUCAUGGAAGGAAUCGAACGCAACUUGCUCACCAAGAACAGAGACAGGUUCACGCAGAACUUGUCGGUGUUCCGGCGGGAAGUGAACGACAGCAUGAAGAACUCAACGUGCGGCGUCAACAGCAACGACAUGAUGAGCUGACAUUCCACGCCCACGCGUCUCAAACCGGCGACAGACCACGGCCCCGCCCGCCCACCACCUGCGGGAGGUCGGCACCAGUCCCGUCCCGCGCAUCUCGCCGCCCCCUUGUUGAUACGAGCAUAUAUAAA